CUUUUGUGAGAUACCGUAUAUACACGCACGCACGCACGCACUGUGUCGUUCAGCACUAGGAACCGCUUGGGAUUCGGAACCUAAAUAAUUAUCUGUGUUUCUUACCGGAAACAUUUAAUGGCGGUCCGUAUUUUCCCGUUGCCUUGGCAGCCAUAAACGAACUGGCUGUAGUUGAGCUGCAUUCUGUCGGUUUAUGAUGGAUAUUCAGGGCACAGGUCUGAUCACUAGAGAGGAGAAUAUUGUUGAGAUGAGAGACUUGGAUGAGGAAGAAUUUGCUGUUUCAAGAUCCUCGGAGGCAGAUGCAUUAUUUGAUACUGUAAUUGGGAACAUUGAAGAUAUCAUAAUGGACGACUUCCAGAAUCUUCAGCGAUCCUUCAUGGAGAAGUAUUACCUGGAGUUUGAUGACACAGAGGAAAAUAAGCUCAUUUACACGUCAAUUUUUAAUGAUUAUAUUGAGCUCUUGGAGAAGCAUCUGGAACAACAGCUGAUCGAGCGAAUUCCUGGGUUUAACAUGAACGACUUUACUCAUUCUCUGAAGCAACACAAAGAAGAAGUCUCAGGUGAUAUAUUUGACAUGUUGCUCACCUUUACAGACUUCAUGGCCUUUAAACAGAUGUUCCUUGAUUACAGAGCCGAGCGAGAAGGAAGAGGGCUGGACCUAAGCACUGGCUUGGUGGUGAAGUCACUGAGAUCAUCCACUUCCACAGCAAUCGCUUCUGCAACAGGAUCAGAGUCAUUCUGAACCAAGAAGCACUUCAGUGUCAUGCCAUCUAUAUAUAUCUAUAUGUAUGUAUGUAUGUAUGUAUGUGUGUAUGUGUGAGUGAGUGUGAGUGAGAGAGAGAGAGCGAGAGAGAUAAACCUUACUUCAUCACCAACAUCAUUUAAAUUUCCUCAGUCUGUACAGCUACAUAGGUUUUUGUUUUUUUCCUUCCAUGUUCUGGAGCCUAGCUUGCUGCCAUAUUCGCGUAAUGAAUGGGACCAUGAGUUUGCUUUGGUUUAAUAUUUAAACUCGAUGUCACUAGGUCCUGCUUUCUAGUACACUUCUUCCCACAGUAUUUUGAAGGUUUACUCAGCGAUUCAGAUUUUCUCUCUCUACUCUGUGAUAUUUUGUUACAAUACUCCUACAUUGUAGGUGAAUGUGGUAUCCUGUUGUAGAAACAGUAAAACUGCUGUUGUGUGCGUGUAUUCUGCUGUCUGACCGAAACUGGCGUUUGAAAAAUAUUUGACUUUCAUAUCUUUCCAGGUUCACUAGAACCUCCCAUAAUAGAAAGCACUAUAUAACAUGUCUGCAUUGGAACGGUUUAUUAUAAAGGUAUUAUGAAAAGUUUUACAACUUUUAUAUGAAAAUUAAUUGCCUGGUUCUUUAUGUGUGGAUUUCUACUCCCAUUUAUGUCCAGUUCAAGUUAUAGACACCUCCCACGUGUAGAUAUAAAAAAGGUUUUUUCAUGUUUCAUGUUGUUACCAUGUGUAUGGCCGGAAUGUUUGACUCCUCAAUUUUUUGUUCUUGUAUGUAAAUAUUAUUGUAUGCUGAAGUGAAUAAAUGUAAUUUAACUCCUCAUAUAUCAUCAAAACAUGAAAAUAAUGUUUAUGAAUACACUUGUAUUGCAAAACAUGAAACGUCAUGAAUUAAAUACAUUUGAUCAGGUGUAAAAAUAAAAAGAAAAGAAAAGAAAAAACAGAAAUACUCAUCCUGUAUAACUUUACAAGCAUACAAAAUGUAUCUAAAACAAACAGCUUCUGUACACUUAAGAAAAUGAUAUAUUAGCCAGUAAAAUAUCUUGUAUAUAGGCAGAGAUAUCUAUCAUUUCUUAUCAGAUUAUAUUGUUGUAUUAUAAGUCAAAUAUAUUAUUCAGCCGGGAUUUAAAUGCUUCUACACAUUU